CUACUAUUUAUAGUUAUUGGUUAUUGCUUAAACUUAUGUAACUAUAUAUAUAUAUAUAGUAUAAGUCAUGAAUAACACUAGUAUGAAAUAACCUAUUUACUUUUCUAUAAUUUAUAUAAACCCGUCACUAAUUGUUUCCAAGUUUCUACGCGUCAAUCAGUUCAACAGACAACAACGCCUUUAAUACGGUUAGUCAAUAACUAUGUAAAGAGUUACUACCCUGGUUACUACAUAGAAUUUAAGUUAUCGCCAUGUCAAAACCCAAAGUGUUUGUUGCAAUGAGACAUGUUCCAGAACUCGCAAUUGAUUUACUUCGUAAAAGGUUUGAUGUCGAAAUAUGUGAUUCCUUGCUAACCACUCGGGCAGAAAUUAUGCAAAAAAUACCUGGAAAAUUUGCAAUAUUUUGUAGUCCAACAAGCAAAAUUGACGAAGAAUUAAUUAAAACUGCAGGCACAAGUCUAAAGGUUGUUGGAACCAUGUCUGUGGGAUAUGAUCAUGUUGACUUAACUGCACUGAAAAAAUAUGGCAUACGUUUGGGAUACACGCCAGAUAUUUUAACCGAAACAGUAGCAGAAACAACAAUUGGAUUAUUGAUAUCAACAACAAGACGAUUUUUUGAAGCAAAUCAUGCAUUAAAAACAGGUGAAUGGAAAAAUUCAACACCUGUUUGGAUGUGCGGUAGGGGCAUUAGAAACUCAGUUGUUGGUAUUGUUGGAUGUGGCAACAUUGGGACAUCAAUUGCAAAAAAGUUGAAUACAUUUGAAAUUUCCCAAUUACUGUAUACCAGUAGAACUGAAAAACCUGCUAUUAAAGCUCUUGGUGGAAAAUUGGUUACAAUCGAUGAACUUGUAGAACAGAGUGACUUUAUAAUUCUUUCUAUCGCACUGAAUGAGGACACAAAGUUUAUCAUUAACAAAGAACGCAUUGCCAAAAUGAAGUCACAUGCUGUUUUGGUGAAUAUUGGUCGUGGAGCACUUAUUGAUCAAGAUGAACUCAUCAAAGCAUUACAAGAAAAUAGAAUUGGAGGUGCUGGCUUAGACGUUAUGACACCAGAACCAUUACCACUUGAUAACCCUCUAAUUAAGAUGAAUAAUGUUGUGUUGUUGCCACACAUUGGGAGUGCUUCUAUUGAAACACGGACAGAAAUGGCUAUUACCACUGCCAAAAAUAUAAUUGCUGUUUUGGACAAUACUCCAAUGCCAAAUGAAGUGCAAUUUUAGGUUAAUGGUUAUAUCCUAAUCAAAAUUGCAUAAAAAUAAUCUUCAUUGUUAAAUGUUACAAGGUAUACAAUUUUAAUCAUUAUAAAAUGUAUUAAUUUAAAAUUGGUGAAUAAUAUAAUAUAU